CAUUUUUAACGGCAUCUAAAACAUCCAAAGGGAAUGGUUUAAUAUCCAAUUUAGUUUCUAAACUUUCAUUUCUAAACUUAAUUCAUCCCUUAAUUUCAUAAAGCAUUCAAAUUAUCCUUAAACUUCAUUUUUUCGUAACCCAAAUGGUCCUUCCGUAAAUGAAACUACAUACUUGCCACAUUAAGGCUCCACCAAUUGCCUCUUUUAAUUUUCACAAGCUUAUAUUGAAAAAACACCACACUUAAUUGAUAACAUGACACCAAUUUCAUUCCAUGCCACAUUCUCGCCUCUCCGGUUCAAGAACUCCUCAAAUGGUGAAGCUUUUUCUUUGUCUGCUUCCUUUGCUUUCACUAUAAUCCUUGAGUACCCAAAGCUUGGCAGCCAUGACCUUGCUUUCACUAUCGCUAGUUCUAAAGAUCUUAGAGGAGCGCUUCCUAGGCAAUAUCUCGGCCUGCUCAAUGCCAGCAAUAUUGGAAACUUCUCGGACCAUCUGUUCGCUGUCGAGUUUGACAUGAUUCAGGAUUUUGAGUUUCAGGACAUCAACGACAACCACAUCGGCAUCAACAUCAACAACAUGAUUUCCAAUGCCUCUGCUCCUGCAAGAUACUACAGUGAUAGUUCCACGAACCAGAAUCUCACCCUCAAGAGUGGCAUCAGGAUCCAAGCUUGGAUCAAUUACAAUUCUAUGUAAAAUGUCAUCAAUGUUACGAUUUGCCCCAAUUCAACAAGACCCAGUAUGUCGAUCUUGUCUUUUCCGUUAGAUCUUUCACCGAUUUUCCAAGAAUUUAUGUAUGUGGGUUUCUCUGCUUCAACAAGGUUACUGGCUUGCUCGCAUUAUGUUUUGGGUUGGAGCUUCAAAAUCAAUGGAGAAGUUCAAU